AUGACAAAUAACGUUAGAGGAUAUCUACAAUUACAUCCUUUCCAUUUAGUAGGUCCAUCACCAUGACCUAUUUUUACAUCAUUUAGUUUAAUGGAUUUAGCUUUAUCUUUAGGUUUAACAUUUCAUGGUUAUAUUGCAAAUAACUUAUAUAUUGGAUUAAGUAUUAUUUGUGUAUUAUAUAGUAUGACAUUAUGAUUUAAAGAUAUUAUUGCAGAAAGUACAUAUUUAGGAGAUCAUACUAUUGCAGUAAAACGUGGUAUUAACCAAGGUUUCUUAUUAUUUGUAGUUAGUGAAAUUUUAAUCUUUGCUUCAUUAUUCUGAGCUUAUUUACACUCAGCUUUAAACCCUACUAUGGAUUUAGGUAUGAGCUGACCUCCUGUAGGUAUUGAUGUAAUAUCUCCAGCUGAAUUACCUUUAUUAAACACUAUUAUCUUAUUAGCUUCCGGAGUUACUAUUACUUAUGCUCAUCAUGCUUUAAUUAAUGGUAAUAGAGCUAAUACAUUAUAUGGUUUUAUUUAUAGUACUUUAUUAAUCGCUUUAUUCGUUAUGUUCCAAUUCUUAGAGUAUAAAUAUGCUGGAUUUACUAUCACUGAUGGAGUUUAUGGUUCAACUUUCUAUUCAUUAACUGGUUUACAUGGUUUACAUAUGAUUAUGUUAACUAUAAUGUUAAUUAUCUGUACUUGAAGAGUUUAUAACUAUGAUUUCACUAAUACAUCUCAUGUAGGAGCUGAAACAACUAUCCUAUAUCUUCAUGUUCUAGAUGUUAUCUGAUUAUUCAUCUAUAUUAUCGUAUAUUGAUGAGGAUCAUAA